AAAGCGGUGUAGCUCCAAAACCCGGAGAACCAGAAAAUGCUGUGCCUUUGAGAACAAGGCGCCUUCUUCCCCAGCUCCCACCGAGCGAUAAAUCAGACAGCCCCACGCCCACGGUCCUGGUUUGCCAGGAGGCCUAUUCCGAGGUUACCAAGAGAACCACCGUGAAGGACCAUGGUGUGGAAGCCUAUAGUGACCCCAGCAGCCGCCUCUUCAUCCAAGAGGACUUGGAUCCGGAUAGCCUCAGUGAUGCCAGCAGAUCUGACGAUGGCUUCAGCAUGGAAAAAGGCAAGAAAUAUAAAGAGAACAAUAAAAUGCUAGAGCAGAUGGCGGAAGACACGAGAUCAGAGAGCCGGCAGCCAGGAGCCUCCCGGGUCUCAAAUGCGAGAGCUGUAAAUGAGCCAGUUGCUACUUCAUUCUACAUUGGUGAUGACAGCAGCGUUGUGGGGAUUCCCUCUAAGCUCUCUCUGAGUGUGUCCCAUGCUCGAGCAGACAAAGACAGCAAAGAUCAGGAGUUUUCCUUCAAGCCUGCUGGCACAUCAGUUCCUGGAAAGCCACCGGUCAAAGAUGUUAGCGCUUACAUAAAUGCAGCUGGCAAAGUGGUUAUUUCCCUUCAUCAGAGUCUUCCUCAAGAUCAAGAAAACACGUCAGGAAAGGAAACAUCAUCUUUUGUUAGGCAGGAAAGUUUUACCAAAGAUAAAUCCAACAGUGGUGUUCCUCAAAAUAAACUCCCACGUAUUUCAAGUCACCCUCUGCUUAAAGACUUAGAGGCUGUUCGGUCAACUCGCAUGGACUUUGGUCAGGAAACUCAUCUUCUCCUUAAGGACACUGAAACUGCCUUGGCAGCGCUGGAAGCCAAAUUACUUGGUCAAAGCCAACAGGCGGAGCCCUCGGAAACUGCUGGUCAACUGGAGGACUCCUUGUCAGGGGAUUCGGAUGUGGACACGGCCAGCACGGUCAGCUUGGUGAGCGGCAAAAACGUCCCGGCGAGCGCCCCGCAACGCAAAGCGGUGGUGAGCUUGCAGAAGGAAAAAUCUUCCUCCACGCCAUCCAUCCAGGACCAGUGCGUGCAGCCCAGUGCUCGGGACAGGCUGACGGAGAAGCGAAAAACACAAGCGCUAGAGGCGUCAAACCGUGCUGAGGCCGCCAAACGCUUCCAGAUGAAGCGGAGUGCUGGGACUCGAGGGUCGCUCGACUUCACAGAUGAUGAGAGAAGCUCAAGCUUGCCCUACUUGCCAGUCCCCGAUGCAGUCGUGUCUGACCAUGAGCACCCGGUAACCCGUCCGGUCCCCAGAAGGAAACCUUUUACUCAGGCAACCAAGGAGGACCCCAGCAAAACGACCUCGAAUGUGCAGAAAAUCCAGCAAGUUCUCACCCGCUCCAACAGUUUAUCCACCCCGCGGCCCACGAGGGCCUCAAAGCUACGUCGUGCUCGGCUGGGAGAUGCUUCGGACAACGAAUGCGUCGAUACUGAGAAAACGGCCUCCAACUCUGAAGCCGCCGCUGCAGGCACCAAGCAGAACACAGAGACGAAGAAGCUCUCCCGGCUGGACAUUCUCGCCAUGCCGAGGAAACGGGCAGGCUCGUUUACGGUGCCCAGCGACUCCGAAACGGCACAGCCGAGGUCGGGCUUUUCUGGCCGGAGUGUGGAGACCUGUCGGAAGACGACGGGGAUUUCGGAGGUCAGAGCAGCAGCGAGGAAAACGGCGGCGGAGGUCCCCCGCAGCAGGACUCGUUCAAGCAGCGUCAAGUAUUCCUCCUCAUCCACGUCAAGGCGGAGACCUCAGGGUUCAGAUUACACUUCUACUUCGGAGGAGGAAUAUGGCUCAAAUCACAGCUCCCCUAAACACAAACGCUCCCAUACUUCAACAGCCACACAGACGCCGAGGAUACGUGGCUCUGGGCUGAGCAAGCAGAAGCAUAACGGCCGAGAAACAGAUGACGACGACGAUUUUGACGACCACCCCGACCCCUACAACUUCAUGGCACAAACAGCAGAGAUAGCAGAAAUCGCCAGACUCAGCCAGACGCUGGUGAAGGAUGUGGCCAUCCUUGCUCGAGAGAUUCACGAUGUUGCUGGAGAUGGGGACUCGCAGAGUUCACUGGGGACGGGAUUAAGCACCUCCCUCAGCUCUGUGCCCAACACUCCUGCUUCCACCAUAUCAGCAAGAGAAGAGAUUGCUCGUAGAUCUUUUCGGCUGGCAUAUCCAUCUCAGUUGGUGCAGCACAUUCCAGAAGCAAGUCUGAACUACCAGAAAGUGCCUCCGGGAUCAGUGGAACUGAAGGAUUUUGACCAAAAUAUGAACGAUAAUAGAGAAGAGGAUCCCUCAAGGAAAACGAGGACAAGAAACCGUGAGGAGGUAAUUUUUGACAAUCUGAUGUUGAACCCAGUGUCCCAGUUAUCACAUACAAUUCGUGAAAACACAGAAAACCUAGCUGAAAAAAUGAAGAUUCUGUUUCAAAACUCGGAAAGGACCUGGGAAGAGAUGGAGGCCAAAAUGAAUUCAGAAAACGAAGUGCCAAUUCUGAAGACAUCAAACAAGGAAAUCAGUUCUAUCCUGAAGGAGCUCAGGAGAGUUCAAAAACAACUUGAAGUCAUAAACGCUAUCAUCGACCCUACUGGAAACUUGGAUGUAGUUGCCAGUAACAAAGCAUCUUCUGCUGCUAAACAAUCUACAGCCACUAAAGUCAGGACUGCUAACACUUCUGGAUCCACACUGGAGACUUUGUCCCCAGCACAGAUGAGAAACUACACACAGAAAUCGAACUGUGGGUCUUCUACCCUGCAAGAAUCAAACUUCAUUCCAGAUGGAGAGAAAUAUGUGAUCUGAUACAAUAUUUUGUAACGCUGUCAUAUUGUAAUCUACUGUCGCAUUAGUAUUGUGUACGAGUGGUUUGUGGACAGUUUGUGUGGAGCAGUUGUUUAGAUUGCUAACACGUUGCACAAAAAGAAAUAAUCUAUGCUGUGAGGGUGAAUGGAAAGUCUGUGUAUGCCUUUUAAACAGGACUAGCACUGUGGAGCAGCACAUACUCAGCGUAGAGGCAAACUGAUUUUUAGAAAAUUACUCACUUAUUCUUCCAGUGUGCCAUAAGAAAACAGGCUUUGCAUACUCUCCAUUCAAUGCUGCCGAAGCUGAAGUGUUCUUGCAUCGGCCUGUUUAUGAUUAAUCAGUUGUAGUGAGGCGCAAUUUAAAAAACCCACUUUUUUUUUGGUACUCCAUUUGUUUUGGGUUUAUUUGUUUUAUUUUUAUUUAACUGUACAGGUGAAGCAUUACAGCUCUGUUGGAAUCGGCGUGCAACUCCAACAGAAUGAUCGUGCA